AUGCCUCGUUAUUCUAGUUAUAGACCAAAUCAAAUACACAGAUCGAUUACUCCCAUACGUUCAGGUCACCGAAGAUCUAGAUCUCCACGAAGGUCAUAUAGAAGAACGCCUUCACCUUCUCGGAGACCACGUAACCGUUCACCAUCAGAAACAACACGUAAUCAUUCACCAACACUACUGGCACGAAAGUCUCGUCAUCGUUCCCCAUCUCCUAUCACACGAUCAUUCCAUCGUCGUUCACCCUCCCCACCUAAACGAAUAACUCGGUCGCAUUUACCACCCUCUACUGAACGAGUAACCCGUAGGCGUACUCCGUCACCUCGUCGAAAUCGAAGAUCUAGAUCUCCUAUGCGUCUUGUUUCGAGAUCACCACGAAAUCGUCGAAUUAGUCCUGAUCCUUAUAGAACCCGUCAUUCUCUGCAACGAACAAGAAAUUCUACGAGUAACAAUGAUUUGAAGUUAAUUGAUUCUAAACAUAAUUCUGGUACAGCUAGCUCCGAAAGAAUUGAUUCAACGAAGAUGAAUCCUUUGGCUCCGAAUAAAAUGCCAUCACAUACGCAGACCCCUUCAACCGUUAAAUCUCAAGAAUAUGAAGUUAGUGGGGAUAUACCAUCGGAUAAUCUUUCCACUACCAACUAUAUGAAUCUCAAUGUUGUGAAUGCGGGGGCGGAGGAAGUCAGACCGAGAUUACCGUCUCAAUCUCCACCCCCCAAACCUGUUAGAGAUCUAAUUCCACCAUCUGAGCCUAGGUCGAACACCAUAGUUAAUGCUAGGAAUGAUAUUAUAGAUUUUAUUAUUAAAUGUUGCCUUCGUCUUCAAUUACCAAUGACAACUAUUGCACUUGCAUUGAGAACCUACCAUAAUUAUCAUAAUUAUCUUAGCCAAGGAAAAAAUAGAUGGUUGACGGGAUAUACUGAUCAUUUGCAUUUUGAUGAGGAACUUACAGGGAUAGCGUGCAUUCUCCUUGUGACAAAGAAUACUGACAUAUUCAAAGGAAUACGGAAAACUCUUAGCGCUGGUUGGAGUCUGAAAUAUCCCAAAACUCCUCUCGAAGACGGUGAAAAGAUGAAAGAGACUGUCAAGAUAGUUGUAUCAAACAUUAAGAGUGCAAUUAAACGUGAACGGGAGUUGCCUAAAGAAACUCCGUAUAAUUCUGCCUCCCGAAUUUUCAAAAUUUUAAUUGAAAAGUUGGAGCGGAAUAUAAACUUUGAUUAUACCCUUUCAGACGUAUUUGCUACUGCGGCUAUAUAUAUUACUGCUUGUAAAAUCGGAAUCGACCUUCAAGCACAAUUCUCCGAGUUUUGCAAAGAAUUUGGUGGUUGUGACCCGCUAGCUGUAAAAGAUGCGAUAACAGACAUAAUCGAAUUUAAAAUAGUUGAUCCUUUUGAACCAUCAAUCGAUUCGAAUGUAUAA